UUUGGGGGGGGGGUUCGACAUUCGACGGCACCACACAACGCGCACGACGCUGCGAAUCGCGCGAGUAGAGUUGCGUUUGAUCACUCAACCAGAACGGUGUUGCGGUGGUUUCGUUGCGCUUUUCAUCUCCGGUUCUCUGGUGCACGGCCCGCACUUUAUCGCGGCACGCACUUUGCGGAGGACAUCACGCAGGUCGCGUGGCCUCGUGGUGUUGGUACUGUUGUCGUUGCGUGGAGUUGCAUCCGUUCGGUGUUUGCGUGCGUGCGUCUAGUGCCCAGUGCGUUGAAUGUGCGACCGUGUGGGAGCGUUUAAGCGGUUCAGUGUGUAUGAUCGUAUGAAUGCUUCAUAAUUACAACAUAAAUUUAUGCACGCCAGCUUCGUUCGGGUUCGCGUGUCGUUCGGUGUGGUUCGUGAGUUGGAAAAAGUGGUAAUAAAUAAGCAAACAAAACCUAUAGCGGCUUGGAGUGCAUGUGCAAUCGGUGCGCGGUGUGAUCGUGCUAGCAGCAGAGGUGGUGGUGAUUAAUUGGCCUCCGAUUUCCUAAAACCUUCCGGCGGCAAGUGCAAAAUUUCGGAAGAAUUUGCAUACGAGUUUCCGACAACGUGCAGUGUUCUGCUGGCUGCUAAUUGAUAUGUUUGCCCGUGCUGUGUAGUGAAUUUUGUGGUGAUUGCUGUGAGGUUUAAUGCAAGCAUGCAGCUACUGUGCGAUACUGUGGUGAUUAAGCGGAAGGAUGAAUCCAGCUCCAAUUUGCCACCCGAUCGGUGUUGAAAGUGUGACGGUUUUUUGAUGAACCAGAGUUUGGUGUUUUGGGAGCAACUGGACGUGAAAUUGCGACAGCGAGUGGAAGUCAAUCAACUUGCGGUUUGAUGCUGAAUUGAAUUUUACUGAUUAUUUUGACGACAAAGCUGCUAAUUCGCGCGAAUCAUCGGCAGACUCCGGGGGACACCUUGGUAGGACGGCGGCAUCCAUCCAUUGAUUGAGUGACAGGUUGUGUUGGAGUGUAUGUGCCAGUUGGUGGCUUCUAGUUGGUAAGAUGUGCCCGGAACUUGAAGUCCUGCGCGUGGAUCUUCAACUUCCCGAUGUGUAUCGACGAGUGCGCGGUGUGAUUUAGCCGAGUGAAAGUGAAGUGCCCUAAGCCUGCAGAAAAAAAAAAUACGUCCACACAGCGAGAGAGUGUUCGCUACACUUAUGUGGUCACCGUGACGCUACCGUCUCCUUCCCUUUCCUUCCCAAAUCAACCCCCCCCCACCCCCCCCACACCAAGUCGUGUUCGUGUGUGUGUGAUCGUUUGUGCUGCAACCCGGCCGUCGGUAUGGCUAUACGAAUUAUUAACCACCAAACGGUGGUGAAGGGGCACGUAGUGUUGGUACUGUUGGUGCUGCUACUAUUUCAAACCUGUCGCCACCGGGCGCACGGGCUCACGGGUCUCCCCACGGUGCAGACGACCGGCCAGACGAAGAUCAUGCUAAAGGAGAGCCUGCUGAUACCGUCGAUGGACCCGGAGAAGGAGGCCAAGGCGAUGUACGAGAAGGCGCUGCAGCAGUACGGCAUCUACGGCAAAACGCUCAAAGAGAUCUGCAAGGCGUGGGUCACCCGGGGCUGCCAGUGCACCGGUACCAAAGAGGAGGUGACGCUCGUCUGCCGUGCCAUCGGGCUCGACACCGUGCCGGUCGAUCUGCCGUCGGAGCUCGUCAAACUAGAUCUAAGUAAUAACAACAUAACCAACCUACCAAAUAAGUCAUUCGACAUGCUGCCAAAUCUAGAGGAGCUAAUCCUUUCCCACAACAAGCUGGAUCACAUCAACAGUGAGGCGUUCUUUGGGCUGUCGAACCUGAAGAAGAUUGCGCUGCAGGGCUGUGGUUUGGCGAGCGUCCCGAUGGAAGCGCUGAGACGCGUCCGGACGGUAACCACUCUCUACCUUGACAACAACCUAAUCGCCGACAUGGAGAACGUUACCUUUCGGGGGUUUCACUUCCUGAAGAACCUGAGGCUGGAGGGCAAUCUGCUGCAGCGGGUACCGACGGACGCACUGAUCGGACUGAGAUCAUUAGAAGCUUUAAAUCUAGGUAAUAAUUUACUUACAAUAAUCAGAGAAAGAGAUUUUCCCGUUUUGGAUAAUUUAUACAUGUUAAUAUUAAGAAGAAAUCAAAUAGGUGAAAUUACUUCCGGUGCUUUAACGAACCUAACACGACUCAAAGUUUUAGAUGUAGACGAUAAUAGCUUAAGCGCUGUGCCUGUUGGCCUCGAGAACCUAAUGAUGCUGCAGGAAAUCUCGGCAUCAAACAAUCGCAUCCGAUGGAUAUCGAAGGGCGAUUUCCCCAAAAAUCUAGUCUCACUGGAUCUAAAGUCCAACCCGCUGGCCGGUAUCAAACCCGGCGCACUCCAAAACAUGCCACGGCUUCGAAAGCUAAUUCUUUCCGAUGUGCGCGGCCUCAAUGAACUACCUCCACUGGACGGUUGCACUUCGCUCGAGGUGCUGCGGCUAGACCGGGCCAACCUGUCCAAAAUACCUGAUCAUAUUUGUAAGACUUCACCCCGCUUGAGAAGCUUGGAUUUGAAAUCCAAUAUAUUGUUAAGCAUUCCAAAUGUAACAAACUGUCGUGAUUUAAGAUUGCUAGAUUUAGCCAGCAACAGGAUAAGCUCACUGCACGGUGCACCGUUCUCUAGUCUCGGUCAGCUGCACGAUCUGCUGCUUUCGAACAAUGAAAUCGAAUCCAUUCCGCACGAUGCGUUCAUCGGACUGGUCCGGCUGCAAGUGCUCGACAUGGAAUCGAACCAAGUUUUCUUCAUCCAUCCGGACGCCUUUCGACCGUUGAAAAAGCUCGAAGACUUAAACCUAGGCAAUAAUCUAUUUCCGCAGCUACCGACGACCGGGCUCGAACGGUUGCUGCAUCUGAAAACGUUCAACAAUCCGCACCUGCGCGAGUUUCCCCCACCGGAAGCAUUUCCUCGCAUCCAGACGCUCGUCCUGUCGUACGCCUAUCACUGCUGUUCCUUUCUGCCGCUCACGACGGCCCUACCGAAAGUUCCUAAUACCGUCAACAUUCGCGAGAACGUUCUCUUCCCGACCGAUAACGAGUUCGACAUGAGCCUGUGGAACAACAGCUACAACGAUAUCUGGCCGCAGUUGCAAAACCUUAGCAAAAAGUUCGGCACCCAAAUUAACGACCUGUUGAACGCGUACGGCGCCGAGUACGGUAGCUAUCCCGGCGGUCACGUACCAACCUUCCCGGACGAAUACUUCGAGGACGAGCUGGGCAUUACGCACGCAUCUCCAACCGCCCAACCGGGUGCAAUUCAGUGUCUGCCCGAACCCGGACCCUUUCUUCCCUGCCAAGAUCUGUUCGACUGGUGGACGCUACGGUGCGGCGUUUGGGUCGUGUUUCUGCUCGCCAUGCUCGGCAACGGGACGGUCGUGUUUGUGCUCAUCUUUUCCCGCUCGAAAAUGGACGUACCAAGGUUUCUGGUGUGCAAUCUUGCGGCGGCCGAUUUCUUCAUGGGCAUCUAUCUCGGCUUUCUGGCCGUGGUCGAUGCUUCCACGCUGGGCGAAUUUCGCAUGUACGCCAUCCCGUGGCAGAUGAGUGCCGGGUGUAAGUUGUCCGGCUUUCUGGCGGUGCUUAGCUCCGAGCUUUCCGUGUACACGCUUGCGGUAAUAACGCUCGAGCGCAACUACGCCAUUACGCACGCGAUGCACCUGAACAAGCGGCUGUCGUUGCGGCACGCCAGCUACAUCAUGACGGUCGGCUGGACGUUCGCCAUCACGAUGGCCGUCCUGCCGCUGCUCGGCGUGUCCGACUACCGCGUGUUUGCCGUGUGCCUGCCGUUCGAGAUCCAGAAGGGUAGCGGCAGCCUGGCGUACGUCGUAUUUCUCAUGUUCAUCAACGGAGUGGCGUUCCUCAUCCUGAUGGGGUGCUAUCUCAAGAUGUACUGUGCAAUACGCGGCUCGCAGGCCUGGAACUCGAACGAUUCGCGCAUCGCCAAACGCAUGGCGCUGCUGGUCUUUACCGACUUUAUCUGCUGGUCGCCGAUCGCGUUCUUCUCGCUUACGGCCGUGUUCGGGCUGCACCUGAUCUCGCUCGAGCAGGCGAAAGUGUUUACCGUGUUCAUCCUGCCGCUCAACUCCUGCUGCAAUCCCUUCCUGUACGCCAUCCUUACCAAGCAGUUCAAGAAGGACUGUGUGCUGAUCUGCAAAGCGAUCGAGGAGUCGCGUGUUACGCGCGGCAUUGGACGCUGUCGACAUAGUUCCAACUUCAGCAAUCGACAUACGCCCGCCAACACAAACUCGCUGGUGGAACGUUCCUCCAAAGAAUUACCACCGCUCCUCCCGGGCCAGACGUGUAACUGUUCGGCGAAGUUGAUGGAGCAAGAGACGGCUCGGCUACGGUUCCACCAUCACCAGCAACAGCAGCAGCAGCAUCAUCUGCGGCAGGGCGUUCUGGUGCGUACCUGGCGCAGAUUGAUGCUCUGCAGCUGGGGCACGGCGGAGGAACGUAAUCGGCGGGGUAGAGGAAGGAACGGUGAUCAGUACGCGUACCAGAUUGCGGAGAUUCAACAGAAGCAGCACAAGCGGGCAGGUUCGGUUUCGUCUAGCGAGAACUUUAGCUCGUCACGGUCGGACUCGUGGCGUAAUGCUCAGCAUCAUUGUGGUAUUCCGUUGCGAUUGCUCGAUCCAAGGCGUCGCCAUACAUCGUGGUUGAUUACGCGCAAGACGUCGCAGGACUCGAACCUUUCCAGCUCGCGGAAUGAUUCGUCAGGAUCGACGGCUACACAGAGCACCGGGACGUGGCGUAUUUCACGCUCGAGUGGUAGCACUUCGGUGGUGUUACCGGGUGUGCGUGUCGACGGUCAUCCUGUACCGAGCACCGCUCGACAAUCCAUCCCCGGCGGUAAGCCACGUCUCGUCCGUCAAUCAGCCGUGCAGGAGGACACACAUGAGCUGUCCUGUUCGCCACCGCGGCUCGGCGUUCGCUUCCUCCCCACGAUACCGUCCGCCGCCGACAGUAGCGUCCAGCUGGACGACGAGACGGCCGAAGCGGCCAGUCCGACCUCAAGCCAAAGCGGCAACCAGCCGGCAACUCCCGCACCGUUCUACGCCAUCCUGCACGGUAGCGGCCAUCCUCAGGCAACCGUCUCUAGUCUUAAAGAUAAAACCAAACCUCCGUGAGUGGAGGAUCGGGCGCAGGACGACGCUUCCUCCGUGCCGGUGCUCGGCAGCUCGCUCCCGAAACCGAUGGCGGAAGCUCAGCCCAGGCCAGACGAAGCAGACGAUGGUGACCGUGUCCUUGGCGAUUGUAGCCCAUACCUUUAAGUAUUACUUUUAAUUCCUCAGCGGCAUUAGGGUGCAGUGUAGAGGACCGCGUAAAAAAGCAUACAAAAACAAAGAUUAAGGAUGGAGGAAAAAAAAACUUUUCACUCUAGUUGAAUCAGAUACGUUUGAUGCUCUCUUUUCUGCCACGACACAACCUACAUUUUUCCUGGUUUUUCCUCCACAUCUCUUUUCCCUGGGUGUUGUCCGCUCUCGGCGAACGAAGUCGUUCAGUGAGGGCGAAUGUAUUUAUGUGAAAUAAGUGUUCGUGUCUGUGUCAUGUUCUGUCCAGCGGUUGUAAAUAGCAGAGCAGAGACUCACAGCAUUCAAGUAUAAGAAUAGAAAAUUAGUUGGCAGAUAUGUAUGUAUGUAGUGUAUGGGGAAGAAAGAGAAACACUCUCUUAGGAAAAGAAGAAUACUGUGUGAUAUUAAAACGAUUUUAUACAAAAACAAACCUACAACAACCACUAGCUGAAAUAUGUGCAUUAUAUGUUAGAAGAUGGGUGAACGGAACGCGAGCGAGGGGGGCUGGGGAACGGGGGUGCAACUGAAAAUGGACUGUGAGCGAGGCAAAUUUUACAGGUAUAUUAGGAAAGGAUUGAAGUACGGUAUCGUCUAUAGCUUUUGAUGUCAUUUAAAGUCGUUUUUAGCAUCGAAUUGAUUCAUCCGUUACAAGUUGUACUAUUUAAAAAGGAGAUUAACUUCAUUGAACUCUAAAUUUCAUCUAAAAUGGUUAUUUAUCUGAGUAAUUUCAAAAUUAUCUGCAAUUUUAUUUCAAUAACGACAAAUGCGCCUUGUGGCAAAAUAGCGAAGUAGUCGGUCAGCUUGUAAUGCGAAUUGCAUACCACUAGGCGUACAACGUGUUGCAAGCGAGCUGUGUUAAAUCUGUAGCGUGCGAUUGCGUUCAACCACGGAGAGUUGGUUGCGCUAUCGACCGCUAGUGGCGCUAUGAUCCGCUAGCGUUGUUUGAAUUUCACCAUACGGGAAUACAUUUUUGAAAGAACUUUAUAAACAUUAUGGGUAUUUUUUCUUGAAAAAAAAAUUAAUGUUUCAAUUGAACAAAAAUUAUUUAAACAUUUGAAAUGAGUUGAACGAUAUACAGAAAAGAGGAAAAAGCGCAGCGCACGAGUAAUGGCAGGAAGCCGUCCAGAGACAAUAAGUAGCGAAACGGGGUGUAAAAAUCGAAACAAACCAAGAAGGAAAUGCACAAAUGAUACUAAAAAAACAAGAAAAACCAACACAAAACUAAAAAUCUCAUCUAUUUUCAUUCUCAAAACUAGCCGAGAUUUGAACAACACUGUCCACACAUAACCGUUGUUUAUUUCUGUUGAAAACACAUAACUAAAUCAAUUGUACAUACAACAAAACAUAACACAAAGGUAUAAACGUUCACUGUUUCAGCAACGACUAAUGAAGAUUUAAAAAAAGAGAAAGAUAUUAAACAAAUAAGCAGAAAAACAAAAACACUUGUAUGAUUUAAAAGGAAUUUAAGAAAAAACACAAACGAUACUGCCAAAUGAACAGGAUAAAAUACGAAACUAAAACAUGGAUGUAAAAACAUGAGAUUAAAAAUACAAAACUGAGUAUAGCGUUAAAGAAAUUACUCCCAAAAAACACUGCCAUUACUUUUGCAAAUCAAUGUAUUGGGACACAGAUUCCCUCCUUUCGAAGACACAGAUGUGUUUCUAUCCAGCACAGGAGACAGUAUUAGCGGGAUGAAUGGAGUAUACUGGAGUAAAGUUUUAAAGCGUACGAACGACACCGUAACGAAACCACAUACACACACAGCGCCCAGGAAUUUGAUUCCGAACGACAGCCAUUAUUUUACGAAAGCAUCCACAUUCGAUUGAAUAAGAUGAGAAGGAACAGUCGAAGCGAUACGGUACUGAUACGGUGCUUACGAAUCUAUAUUUAUUGUACACUGACAUACACAGCCUGAGGCAUCCGACUAAAAGGUUUUAUAAUGCAUCCCGUACGAUUGUUUGGGUGUGGAAAAAAGCAAACACUGACAGAACGAAACGAAACUCCAAAGUGUGGCUGAGUGUAUAAGGGGAAAAUGGCCUAAAUGGGGCACCGAUACGGGGGCAAACAUGACUUAUACUGAUAAUGUAAUCGACUGCAUAUGCUCACCCAGCAACACCCGGUGGUAUGGGUACACAAACAAAAUAAAGUGGAUAUUUAAACUGUA